UUUGGCUGCCCAUGGAUGUUCCAGGAAUUAGUUAUUUUUGUUUUAGUCAUGGCACAAAGACCAUCUCCACCAAGAUCACCAUCUCCAAUACCACGCAAAUUUAACAUACCAGAAAAUGCAAUCCACAGCAAGAGGAAAAGGAUUAAAGAUGAUACACUGAGGAACAACCCCAACUAUCUUUAUGAAUAUAAGACAAAAAAUAAUGAAACCGGCUCCCUGGGUUUUUUUACGGAAAAACACAACAUGGAUAAAUGGACAAAGGCAAUAAUUAAUCAUUACCCAGAGUCCACAAUAGAAGGGAACAGAGAUCAUGUGAAAUAUAUAAUCCUGAAGAAAACACAUGGAACAGUGAGAAAAUAUAAAAAUGGGAAGUUUAUAAUUCAGAUAGAUUGUGAUCCGCAAAUGGUCAAAGGGGUCAAAAAAGAAGAAGUCAAGGACGAAGAACCACAACCACGCAAAUUUGACAUACCAGAAAAUGCAGACGAAGACGAGAGAAAAAGGAUUGAAGAUGAAACACUGAGGCAAAACCCUGACUGUCUUUAUGAACGUGCAAGUGAAAAUAAUGAAAACACCCUUGUUUUUUUAACACACAAAAAAAACAUAACUAAAUGGACAGCGGCAAUAAUGAAUUACUACCCAAUUUCCAUAACAGAUUUUCCUGAUGUGAAAAAAAUAAUCCUUAAGAAAAAACAUGGAACAGUGAGUCGAUAUACAAAUGGGAAGUUUGUAAUUCUGGAAAAUUGUGAUCUCAAAUGGUUUAUUGAAAAUUUUCGCAAAAUGAAUCCAGUGGUAAAGGAGGAAGAGGCAGGAAGAGGCAGAAGGGGGCAAAGGAGGAGAGAAGAAUGAAGGAGGUAAAGGGGGAAAGGGGCAAAAGGUAAAAGUAACUAAAGGGAGCAAAGGAAAAUGAAUUUCUUUUGAUGUAUUGUUUUAAAGUAGCACAAUGUGUAAGUCUCACAACAGUGUCUAAAAUAAACUGAGUGUCAAACUGUU